UCUUGUCUCUAUCUACUUUUUUCCAGGCAUGUUUUCCACAAAGCCUGUGUAGAUCCUUGGCUAAGUGAGCACUGUACCUGUCCCAUGUGUAAACUGAACAUUUUGAAGGCACUGGGAAUUGUGCCAAAUGUGCCGUGCACAGAUAACAUAGCUUUUGACAUGGAAAGGCUCACCCGAGGCCAGCCACCCAACAGACGAUCAGCACUUGGUGACUUUGCCAAUGACAGUUCGCUCAGCCUUGAGCCUUUGCGCACAUCUGGCAUGUCACAGCUUCCACAGGAUGGGGAACUGACCCCACGGUCAGGGGAGAUCAACAUUGCUGUAACAAGUGGCCACUUCUUUCACCGCAAUUCUCUCUCUCCUCGAAGCCUGGUCUAUGAGAGUGAAUUCUCAACGAUUGAGCCAGUCUUGGACAUAUACGAUGAGAACAAAACUUGAAAGGAAUCCAUGUUGGGUGUUGGUUACUCUUCCUUUCUCCAUUUCCCACUGCUAUUGUUGUGUACUCUUCCCAUGGGUGUCCUUUGUCUGAAGAGGAGCUGCUUUUUCCAGAACAUGAGCCCCGCUUCCAGGUUACAAAGAUGAAGCUCAACUGAGGUGGUUUCUGAAGAUGUCUCCUCUGAGAUGAUAAGGUGCACGUACUGGAUCGGCCAGUGAAGAUCGCUGAGUUAAAGUGCAGUUAGAUGCAUUCAUCCAGCCAUGUCUGUCCAGAAAAGGCUUUGCCCUGAUCCUGAGCGUUGAGUUCUGUACUGAAGACGUGUCUCAACCAGGCGCAUGCCAUUCCCAUUUUUUAGUUGUUCAGAUAUUUGCUGGACUGUAUCAGACAUGGGACUGGGGGGAGGAGAGGAUUGCAAGUUACUGGUAAAAGCACUCCCAUUUCUCUUCAUCCUCUCCAUUAACUCAUUGUGAAAUGUUCCCUUUCUUAAAGGGACUGAUAUAAGUGCAUUGACUUUCUAACUAUCCAUUUAACUCUGAGCAAUGGCAAAACAGGCUGGCAUUAAUGCUAUGGAAGAAACUACAACCGCAGUUUUCAGAAAAAGAUUGCAAUAACCGAUUCUUCAAUUUUGGUUCCUGUUGAAGUUGGACAAAAGUUGCCUGUGCAGAAUGCAACUGCAGCCUCUCCCAGGCCACCUGUCAAGUAACUCUCUUGAAUGCAGGGGUGGUGAUAAUGCUCUUUGGACCAGCAUUUGAAUUUUCUUCAAAGCAUUAGACUUCUGGAGAACUGCACGGGAGUCUCGAUUGCUAUCCUUUUGGUUUUUAAAAAAUCCACCAAUUUUUUUCACUGAGAUUUUUUGAAAGCCAACAUGUUGGCAUUAUACAGAGAAAAAGGCUUAAGCAUUUUAUCCUGUUCUCUCACUGCAGCCGUUAAGUAACAAACUCCUUAAAGCUACGCCU